AUGGCGGUCCGCCGUUCCGCGCGCAUUCGUCGCGCCCAGAAUUCCCCAGAUGUUGAAGACAUGACCCCUCAGCCAGUCGCAGUUGCAGCUUCCAGACUUCCCUCUGUUACCGAACGCGAGGAACCUGACAGCUCCGAACUCCCACACAUUCAAACCCCCCUUGCCAAAACUCCUUCUCAAAAAACUCCUCUCGCGUCUGCUCAGAAAAAGCGCACUAGUAUGAGGACCCCCACUAGUGUGACCGCGCCUCGUCCAUCCCGCGAAGAAAUGCACCCCAGCAAGGCGCAGCAGAGCACGACCAAGCACGCAGAUUCAGGCCUCCUCCUUGGAUUCAAUCCGAUCAAGAAAGAUGCCAAUGGCAAUGUAGUCAAGCAUAGCAUCAGUGACAACACCCCGACCAAAUCCAAGGCGUCUCCCGCGACAGACCAGUUUGGGACCCCAGGAUUCGAAUACAAGUUUCACUCCCAGGAGAUGGAACUCAGCGACGAGGCCAAACAGCUCAUGGAAAGCGUCCGUGCCGACGCUGCUCGCAUCAAGGCGCAAAUGGUCGAGAGCGGAUCAAAGCAAGAAAAUGAAGAUCACGGGGCCGAACAAAUUCAUGGAGACCGGAAGAUCGCCAUGCCAAAGGGCAAGGCCAACCGCUUCAGCGACAUCCACAUGGCCGAAUUCAGAAAGAUGGACUCCAUCGCUGGUCACGCUUCAUCUUUCCGCGCUACUCCUGGUCGCUUCCAGCCUGUUACCAAGUCCUUGAAGCGGUCCAAGUCCAAGGCGCAGCUUGACGAGCCAGAGAGCCAGAACUCGUCACCUCGCUCUGCCACCAAGACCUCAAACCUGUCUGCUCCCACCGCCGCUACAACAGCUAAGCGUGUCAAGCGUGAUCAAAGCGAAGAUACAUCCACUCGUCAUGAAUCUCUGAAGGAUCAAACACAGAAGGUCGAAACUCCUCGCCGACCCGCAGGUCCUCGCCCUCGCCCUCGCACAGGCGUUCGCAGUUCCCUCAUGACUCCUACGCAUGCUUCUCUCGCUCGUACGACCUCUACCAGCAUCAAGGCGCCUAAGACCUCAAUGAUUCCAUCCUUGAAAUUCUCUCCGGCUGCCAAAACCAUGGCCUCGCCUCGAACUCCUCGCACUGAUUUUAACCCACGCCUCAAGAACAAAUUGCCCACCCUUGGUAACCUUAGGUCUAUUCUUCGUCGGCGCCAGCCACUCUUCUCCCGUGACCCUGCCAAAAUCGCGUCUGGAACUCAUGUUGCGGCGCCAGAUUUCAAUCCCAACUCACUCUUUGGAGGAGCUGGCGAUGUGAGCGACUCUGCUCCAACCCCUUCGCCGAAGAAGCACGUUGAAUUCACUCCGAGUGUCAAGUCUCGUCAUGAACUUGCUGUCGCUUCACCCUCUCCUUCCAAGGCACCUUCCGCUCAGCGUCGUUCUAUGACCGGAGAUGUGGUCUAUCCUACUCUCCCGGCUCUCACUCCCGAGAAGAAGUCAACUGUCUUACCUUCCAAUACUUCUACCUCUGGAUUCAAGUCCAUUCGUCAUGUUCGGAAAUCGAAUGCCGGUGAACAGUCCGCUCCGGAGCUUCCUGUGGUAGCUCAUGGCAUUGCUCAUGGCAUUACCAAUAAAAAGAGGCACCGCGAUGAAGUCAAUGACGAGGAUGCUCCCAGGACCGCAAAUAGUGAGAACCUGCCGCCUACCGAUGUGCGGUCUGAUGAGCGCAACACCAAGAGGUUCAAGUCCAACCCGCCUACUCCAAGCCCGGUUAAGAAACGUCUUACCAAGACUCCUGUGCGUCCUUCUUCUGGCAAAGUUGGCACUCCCGCUAGCACGCAAAAGAGUCGUAGUGUUCUCAGCAUGAGCCGUCUAAACAUGCUUUCGAAGCCGAAAGGACAUGCCUAA